CUGGAAGGAGAUUUGCCUAUUCUCCCUCCUCCACCAGUGGGUGGUCACGAACACGCUGAAACACUACAGGCUAUGAUUAGGGAAUUUAUCACCAUCCACUACCAGCUUGCCUGUGGCAAAAAGACUCCGACCCCUUGGACUUCUCUUGCCACUCAUCAGUUGAUCUUGUGGGACACACAGAUGUGGCCUGCUCGUGUGAUGGUCCGGGAUCCAAGUAAAAUUGUUCUCAACGACUGCCGAAAAAUUGUACAGUUAUGGAGAGAAAGACAGUCUGAAGGUGGGGCCAAAGAUACAUUCAAGUUCAAAUUUUAUCCAGUGGGGGAUGGAAUACAACCUGCCAUUUAUAAUACCCAGUUGGAGACUUUGCCAACUUCCGCGGUGAUUGACACCCCGACGGUCCCUCCAGCACUUCCCAGUCCCACACCAUCGGAGGGGGCAUCGACACCCACGGCACGGGAAUGCCCGACGGCCUCUCAACCAGUUUCCUAUCCCAUGCCGUCAGAGGAAUCCACCCCCGCGGCGAGCAGACGUCCUCCGACGGUGGACAUGCCAAGUUCCCACACUUCACUGCCAGAUACAUUUUUUCAAGGAAGAAUUACCCCCAUGGGGCCUCCUGUCCCAUCCAUUCCAACCCCAGCCAUUACCCCAGAGCCACAGACAGCUCCGUCGGAUAGGGCCUUCACGCCCGCGGCAGAAGAAUCUCCAACAAUGCAAACUACACCGACACAGGUUCUGCCAUCCAUUCCCACCCCAGGCAUUACCCCUGAGCCUCGGUCUGCUCCGACAAACACCCUAGUUAGUGGUCCCCAAGUGUUGACCGCCCAGGCAAUAGGGAGAAACCAUGGGGGCGACAAAGAGGUGGAAUCUGACCCCACCACCAAUAAAAGAACUAUGACCCAUGAACCCGAGAGCGAUCCCUCUACAGAUGAGGAUGGUGGAAGACGUCGGAUACAGGCUCGCUUGCAAAAAGCUUUGGAAGCCCAAUCGCCUGAGAGAGGGCCAGAGGACAACCAUGAGGAUCUGCCGCCAAGAGUUGGAAGAAAGAAAACAAAAAGUAUCUCUGGCAAGAAGAAAACAAAAACUAGGAAAACGUCCAGUUUACCGAAUCAAGACAACCACUCAACCAACAACGAUGACAACCCGGCAGAAGAGCACCAACUGCCCUGCCGGAAGAAAAAGCCAACCCGACCAAUCAGCCCACACUUGCCGUCGGAUAGCACUCCCAUCGGCGGGGUAGCGCCGCGGGGAAGAAAAGCCAAAAAGACACCAGCGACACAGGAAGACUUUAGUCCCUCACCCUCUGGAAGUGAUGAAGAUGCACCAGAAGAACCAAGAUAUAGGAAACGAGGGGGCAAGCACCCGGCGGUCAAAAGAACGGCUAAUAUCAAUCCAACACCUACAGUUCCUCCUGCUGUAUAUGGAUUCUGA